AUGACCGCCUCUGUCAGCUCGAACCAAACAUCUCUGUCUCGUCGCUCGUCUCACAACCGCCACUCCCGCAUUAGCUCGGGAUCGUCUAGUGCAAGUUCCGGCUCUUCGCGACCACGAUCGUCUCGCGGCAGGAGCACAUCGCCUAUCAACCCCACCAAGCAGGAAGCAGCUGUCCAAAUGGCUGCAAAGCGUGCGUCGGUAUCGAGUGUCGGCUCGACAAUCUCUUCGUCCUAUUCGACCUUGACUGCAGACUCCAAGGUGGCCGAUACAACAGCUGCUACCUCGACCGUGUCAGCUUCCGCAUCUAGCAAUAAGGUUCCCGCCGGACUUCGUGCGAUGCUGUUUGAAGAGGAAUACCAAGAAGAAGCGAUCGAGCACAUGCACCACAUGGAGCUGCAAACCGUCGCUGCCGUCGAGCUCAUGGAUGUUCAGCCCGAGCUCAAGUGGUUCAUGCGCCCUUACCUUGUUGACUUCCUGAUCGAGAUCCACCAGACUUUCCGCCUCCGUCCCGAAACACUUUUCCUCACCAUGAACAUUGUCGACCGCUACGUUUCGAAACGUAUCGUGUACAAGCGCCAUUACCAGCUGGUCGGCUGCGCAGCUCUCUUGAUCGCCGCCAAAUUCGAGGAUGCCAAGGAUCGCGUUCCUACGGUCAAAGAACUCAGCCAGAUGUGCUGCAACGCCUACGACGAGUCGGCCUUUGCCCAGAUGGAGGGACACGUGCUCUCUACCAUUGGCUGGACUCUAGGCCACCCAACUGCCGAAGCUUGGCUCCGAAUCGAAAGCGUUCGGGGUGGCGAAGACUUAAAAACGGUCAACCUCGCCCGCUUCUUCCUCGAGGUGAGCCUGUUUCACCGCGAUUUCAUUUCGCUGAAAUCCUCGGCGCUCACCACGGGCGCUUUGAUUUUGGCACGCUUCAUUUGUGGACUUCCGCAAUCGACUCAACUUUCCCUGAACGCCGAGGCAGCCAAGGCAGCGCACAUGCUGGACGCCUACGUCUGGGAGAACCUUCAAGAUCUGUCGCUGAUCUUGAUCAAGAAGUACUCGUACGCCUAUUUCUCCAGCGCCUCGACCGUCGCAUGCGAAUGGUACCGAGCGCGUGUGGCGGCUGCCAAAUCAUCGCCACCAUCAGGCCUGCUUCCUGCACAGGCACUCACGCGCAAUGCCGGUGCAGUAGCCCAGGAGGUGGAUGACGACGAUUCGAUGUGCUCGCAGCCCACCACGCCUGCUUCGUCGGUGCAAUCGACGCCGUCCCGCUCAAUGGACGAGGAUGAAGAUGAGGACGAGGAGGACGACAUGCCCGUCACGCCUUUGUCUCUUUAUUCAUUGCACGAUCCACUGGUAGCCGCUGCUAACGCUGCAGGUCUUCCUGUGCCCAUGCCUUCUUCGCGUGCUUCAGCGCAGGACAAAGAGAGACGCUUGUCGUCUUCCAGCGCCAGCACCGAAAAGCCAAUGCCAAGCAGCAAGAGCGCAUCCACUCACCUGACGGUGCAACAGCCCAUGCUCGGCGCAAGAAAGCCGCUCGGAAACGUGGUCUGGAACGUUAAUGUCCAGCAGUUCUGA